AAAACGGAAAGUAACAAGAAAAUUGUAGUACCGUCAGAGUGAUAAUCAAAUCCGAAUUCCUUUUGAUAGCAAAUAUUUAAUAGCGCAUCUCUUUCUUUCUCUUUCUCUCUCUCUCUCUCUCUCUUUUUAUUUAUUCCAUCAUGGCUCAAACAUCUGAAUUGCCUGUGCUUUCUUUAGCCUCGCCUAAUAUACACAAGCUUCGAGAUAUGAACGUGGAUAAUUUGUCUUACAUGUGGACUGUAUUCUCCAGAUGUAAAAACAAUUUAGAGAAUGGAAGACGAUUAGAAAACAUAAGUUGGAGAAUGUGGUAUCGCCAAACAUCACUAAAAGAGAAACCAUCACAACCUACUUGUUUAAAAGAAGAAUCUACUGAAGCUUUUGUCCAGCCUAAACGCCUUGUAUCUACUCGUAGUACUGCUGAUCCUCCUAUUCAACCUAUACUUCCAGUGAAACGUAAUAGCAAGUUCUUUAUCAAUGAUGACUCUGAUGAAUCUGAUGAGUUUGACGAGUCUGAUGACGAUACAGCGUAUUCAACAUAUAAUACAAUGAAAUCAUAUCAAAUUGAAUCUGAUGAUGAUAAUGAUGACGAUUACAGUGAUUGUGGAAGCUUUGAGACAAUUGAUGAACCUCAAGAAGAUCAAAUUGAUGAAAAAGCUUUUAUGAUUGAAUUUAGAAAAAGAUCACCCUGUAACAUAAAAGGACAAUCUCUCUUGACUAUUUUGCUACAAACGCAAGUACCACCCGAUCAAUCCAUAUCAAGUAACACUUAUCUAUCGAAAACUUUAUCCGAAAAUAUCUAAAUAUACCACCAACAUUAUUUAUUUUGCAGCCAAAUUCAAGCCUGUUUAAUUAUUGCAUUUACUCAUUUGAUCAUAAAAAAAAGACAAUGAAUAAAAGAAAUGAUUAUAUUCAACA